GAAAAGACAACAACAAAAAUAUGCGAGAUUUGCGGCGAUAAGGGAAUCGUUAUAUUUUUACCAUGUAUUGUAUGGACACAAAUAGCCCGCAACUUCGGCGCAAUGUCUUGUCAGUCAUGUAAAGCAUUCUUCAGAGGUUUUGGUCUCAAGAAUAAGAUAUUUCGGUGUCAAACAAAUGAUAGAUGUUUUGCGGUGGGAAUGAAAAAGGUGAACAUGGAAUUAAUACGAAAUAACGCAGAGAAAGAAAGGGUAAAACAAUUGGUCGACGAAAACAAAUCAAAACAAAAUCAGUCCCAAAGAGUGAUGGACCGGACACUUGUGUGCACUCAAUAUGUGUCCGACAUUGUUAUUAGUGGUCACUUAAUGGGCGCUCAAGACAUUAGAUCCGAUGGAUUACGGGAACAAAAAUCGGGACAUGAGAUCAAUACAAAUCCCACGUCUAAUACACUAGUUAUUAGACAAAAUGCAACCAAACAAUGGCCACAAAUUCCCCGAUUUCGGGAACUUUGCGAUUACAACGGUUUGACUCAACUCGAGUGCAAUCGUAUCAGUGAACUGAUGGGCGCAUCAAAUAUAUUGAAUUAUCGGUUGAAUAAAAACGGAUUUUCCUAUAAAAUCAAUGAUUUUGAGGAAUAUAUGAGCGAUUUUUCCCACUUUAAGGAACUUUUCAUUAGAGAUAUCAUUAGUUUUACGAAACGAUUGACCAGUUUUGGCAAUAUCUGUGCCGACGACCAGUUGGUGCUAAUCAAGUAUAGCUCAAGCGAUUUGAUUUCAAUACUCAGUCUUAAGCAAAUGACCAGGCUAUGCAACUAAAUUCAAACGUGCUUGAUUCAUUUUGCUACGAGAAUCUGUUAAAAGAUUUUUACCAUAGGUUUCUAUUGGAGUGGAAUUACAGUGAUUCAAUUAUUAUUGCCCUGCUGACCGUGAUUAUAUUAUUUAAUCCAAAACAUCCCAAUCUAUCGCACAGAUGUAGCAUAUC